CUGUUGCUUGAGGAUGAGAUAGGGGCAGCCUGUCCUUCCUCCUCCCCUUCACUAGCAGUUCAUUCACAAACAAGUGGAUACAAUACACAGACACCAACACAUCAGUGGGAUGGAAAACUCAACUUCUAUGGAUAACGAAACUGAGUAUCUACAAUGGAACUCAAACGAAAGCGUAACACAAGCAACAACAGGAAUGGAUGAUAGUAGUUCUCCUGGAGAUGUCUGGACGGAUCUCAACAGCAUCACCUUAAUGUUGCAGGGGUCCAUGUCCCAGCAACUUGCCACCCCUGCUCCUUUCUGGGACACCCCGCUGAACCAUGGUCUUAGUGUUUUUGUUGGGGUGGCUCUGUGUGUCACCAUGCUGGGUCUAGGCUGCACGGUGGAGGUCUCCCAGAUAGGGGAGCAGCUAAGGAGACCUAUUGGGGUUCUUCUGGCAGCUAUCAGCCAAUUUGUCCUAAUGCCACUGGUGGCUUUCCUCUUGGCUUUGAUCUUCUCUCUGAAUGAAGUGGCAGCAGUUGCUGUGCUGCUGUGUGGCUGCUGUCCUGGAGGAAACCUUUCCAAUAUCAUGUCGCUUCUGGUGAAUGGCGAUAUGAACCUCAGCAUCAUCAUGACAGCAUCCUCCACACUGCUAGCUUUGCUGCUCAUGCCACUUUGCUUGUGGAUCUAUAGUCGACCCUGGAUUAACACCCCAUUGGUGGAGUUACUGCCACUAGGUGCUGUGAGCCUGACUCUCUGUAGUACUCUUCUGCCCAUUUGUCUGGGAGUCUAUAUACGAUACCGCUACAAUAGGAUUGCAGAUAUCCUGCUCAAGGUUUCCCUUUGGUCUCUGCUGGUAACUUUGGUCCUCCUCUUUAUCCUCACUGGAGCAAUGCUUGGUCCAGAGCUGCUAGCUACUAUCCCAGCCUCCGUCUACGUUGUAGCUCUCAUCAUGCCUCUUAUUGGCUAUGGGUUGGGAUACGGCCUAGCCACAUUAUUCAACCUUCCACCAAACUCCAGGAGAACGGUGUCUCUGGAAACAGGAUGUCAGAAUGUCCAGCUCUGCACUGCCCUCCUCAAACUAGCCUUCCCUGCCCAUCUCAUUGGCAGCAUGUACAUGUUCCCCCUCCUGUAUGCACUAUUCCAGGCAGCCGAAGCUGGGAUUUAUGUCUUAGUCUACAAACUAUACAGGAAGGAAGUUCUUCAUAAACCAGAACCUCUGGAUGAAGAGGAGGACACAGAUAUUUCCUACAAAAAGCUGAAAGAAGAGGAAGUUAAUGACAUAUCUUACGGGGCUGUAACUAUGUCAGACCCUAGUUCCUUACCAGUGGAGGCAGCUCAGGAAAUGCACUAAUUGUUGAGAAGGGGUUGACUGUCCGUGGCUGAACGGAUUGUAGGAGAUGCAGUUUAUCUACAGCUGGACAGACACCUUUCUCACUUGUAUUUGGUACAUGUAUAGACUACGAAGUAUUUUCAAACUGAUGGAAAAUUUUACGAAUAUGUCUGUUUGCUGGAAUGUGACAAGGAGUCACAGUUGAAUGAUUCCCAAGCAUUAAUGUAUUUACUUUAUCCUGUAAGUACAUUAUUGUUGAAAUGUUAUAUUUGUGUUGACCUGCCUCCAUUUGCAGUACUCAGUCUGAAUAUUGUUUUCCUUAUUCCUGUGUAGAACCCUUACCGUGAAUCCCCUGGUGCUCUACGAGUACUGUAAAUGCUGUGAAUAAGGAGUAUGGUAUGGCAAGAUGCUUAGACAUGGGAGCAUUUAGUUAAGGUGUGUGGGUUGUGGAAUAAUCCCUAUUUUACCCCCUUCCCACAAAAUAUACACAGGGAACUGCUAAAGGUUUUACAUAAGGUACAUAUAUGGAUAUAUUUACUAAACACUAUACUGUAGUGAAUGGAAAAUUAAAUUCCAAACUUCAGGAUAAAAUAAAUAGCCACACUGUGACUAUAGUUGGAGAAUUUCUUAAAAUCAGCUAGUUUGCUAUAAAUUGUGUGACUCAUUACAAAUUGGGAGUUUAUUGAACACAUCCCAUUGUAUACUGGGUUUUAUGCUCUUUGAAUGUUUUGCCACAUGUGAUAAAACAUAAAACGGCUUCUGUGAAUAAGCCCUACACAUGAAUAUUCUUGUGUAAAUAUAUUGGAAAUAUUUAUUGGCAUGCAUGUUUCUUCUCAUAAGCAUGUCAGUGGAUCAUGUGUCAGGGAUGUUAAUAUAACCAAGUUUUUAAAACGCACACUCCAGGUGCCAUAAUAGCUGCAUCACAAUUUAGUUGUUAGGGUGCCAGGAGUUCCCAGCAGUCUCUCACCAUAAGGGUUAAACUUUUUAAUAGUAAAAAUCCACAGGGUACCCAUGGAUUUUCUACUAUUGCUACUUAUUUUGGGGCAGCGAACUUCCACCACAGUGUACCAGGGUUGGCAUUGGGCCUCAACUUCUCUCUCCCAGAGUGCCACACUGGUUUAAAAUUCGGGGUAACCUCACAAAUUGCAAAGACCAUGCACAUUUGCUCUGCAGCGGCUUCCUCUGUUGAUUCCCCUUAAGGUAAGAAAGCACAAGGAACAUGCUGACACCAUAACCACUUCACUGUAUUCUGGUACCUUGAGUGGCUCUUUAAAGAGUUACCAUUCCAUCAUUUACAACUGUGAUUUUCAAGAUGUGGAGGACCGAGCUGUUUUUUUUUUUUUGUUUUUUUUUAUCAGUCCUCAAAAUAUACAAUCGUCUUUUUGGUGCCUGGAAAAAUAAAUCUCUCUCCUGACGGAUUGAGAGGCACAGGAAAUCUGUACAAUAAAGUGUGUCACUAAAACCAGAGUCAAGCUAACAUUUAUUGCAUUGGUGGGCCUCUGAACCACUGUUUGACACAACUCCUCUGGUAUCCAAUAAAUUGUCAAAAGUGACUGUAAAUGUGUUUGU